AUCUAUACGUCCCAACGAAAUGGCACUGUACCAAUUUUCUACGCUGUUUAUAAUGGUGUUGAGUAUUGUUGGUAGUCCAGUGUUAGGAGGAGUUGUGAAAGGAAAUGAGGUGGCCAUAGCGCCGGCUCCGGCGCCGGCGAUGGGUGGUGCCGGAAGAGGGUUAGUGCCGGCCAUGUUCAUUUUCGGAGACUCACUGGUUGAUAAUGGGAAUAACAACAAUCUGUUUUCACUUGCCAAGGCCAAUUACCCUCCUUAUGGCAUUGAUUUCAACCAGGGUCCCACUGGUCGCUUCUCUAAUGGUUACACCAUUGUUGAUGAAAUCGGUGAAUUGCUGGGACUACCAUUUGCUCCGGCAUUCUCUGAUCCUCCCACCAUCGACCAAAUGCGUUUUGGAGUCAACUACGCCUCCGCCGCUGCCGGCAUUCUAGACAUAACCGGCGAACACUUCGUGGAACGUGUUCCGUUCAAUGAACAGAUCGCAAACUUCGCGAAAACGAUAGAUAUACUAUCAGGCAAUCUGAGUGCCGAUGUGGUGAAAGGGGACAUUCCAUAUUCGGUUUUGUUUGUGGGGAUGGGCAGCAAUGACUACCUCAACAACUAUUUCCUGCCCGGUUACCCUACUAGUAUGACCUACAAUCCUCAACAAUUUGCCGAUCUUUUGAUUCAACAAUACACCCAACAACUCACUAGACUGUACAAUCUUGGAGGUAGGAAAUUUGUACUGGGUGGGGUUGGAGCAUUAGGGUGCAUCCCUACAAUGCUGGCCAGGACUGAAAACGGGAAGUGCUUAGAUGGUGUGAAUGAAGCCAUUGCCCCAUUUAAUGCCAACAUGAAGCAGAUGAUCGACAACUUCAAGUCCACUCUCCCUGACGCUAAGUUUGUCUUCCUUGACACCCAAAAUAUGUUCAGCAAUAUCACCGCCAACUCCAAAACAUAUGGGUUCAAUGUUACUGAUCGUGGCUGUUGUGGAGUUGGGAAACUGAACGGGCAAGUAACAUGCUUGCCGUAUGAAGUGCCUUGCACAAACAGAGAAGAGUACAUAUUUUGGGAUGCCUAUCACCCCACAUCUUCCGUCAAUGUAUUGCUUGGGAAGAUGUCUUUCAAUGGAGGUCCUGAUCUCGUUUAUCCCAUCAAUAUCGAGCAGCUUGUCAAGAAUGAAGUUUGGCCAUUUUAGAAAAAGAUAGAUGUGAAUUUUAAUUCUUUUCAAGUAUUUUCUUGAAUCCCUUUUUAUUUAUAUCAAGGGCUUGAAAGUUGAGACGUUAAGUUUAACAAAAUAAAGUGUGGGCUACCAAUUCCAUUUCAAGUGGUGUUUCCUAUGACAAUUUCACUUUGGGGAUGUAUAAUAAUAUCUCUCCUUAUGGUUCUCAUUUAAAAA